GUAAUGUGCCUUUAAUCUGGGAAACCGCCCAUAAAUACCAACGAAGAAGAAGGAGACGGAAGUAGAAGAAGGAAACGACGAAGAAGUUGUGUUGUGGUACUUAAAUGAGGAAAAACUAACCCUUGGCACAAUGACUCGCCACGGAAAGAACUGUACAGCCGGAGCUGUGUACACGUACCACGAGAAGAAGAAGGAUACAGCGGCGUCUGGUUACGGGACACAGAGCAUUCGACUGGGAAAAGAUGCAAUCAAAGACUUUGACUGCUGCUGCCUGUCCCUGCAGCCCUGCCAGGAUCCUGUGGUGACUCCAGAUGGAUACUUGUAUGAAAAACAGGCCAUUCUUGAAUAUAUCCUCCACCAGAAGACAGAAAUUGCCAAGAAAAUGAAGGCGUAUGAGAAGCAGAAGCAGGCGCAGAAGAGCAACAGCCAACUUGAGUCCAAGUCAGAGGAAAGAGAGAGGGUGGAGAGGUUUAAGACCAGGGAGAACAGCAUCGUGUCUAAACCCAUCAACCCAUUCACAUCUGCUCAGGGCAAAGGGGACGAGAAGGUCAAACCCCAGAGCAGCUCAGGGGAGUCCUCCACUGCUGGUGCAGCGCCCUCUUCCAGCCAGAGCCUGCCCAGUUUUUGGAUUCCCUCUCUGACACCGGAGGCCAAGCCCACUCUUAUCAAAAAACCUAGUAAGACAGUGUUGUGUCCCAUGUCUGGACGCCCCAUUAAGAUGAAUGAGCUGAUCACGGUGCGCUUCACGCCCCUGGACCCCAGCCUGGACCGCGUGGCGCUUCUUAACCGCCAGGACAGAUAUGUGUGUGCAGUGACCAGAGACGCCCUGGGUAACAGCGUUCCCUGUGCUGUGCUGCGACCCUCGGGCACAGUCGUGACGCAGGAGUGUGUGGAGAGGCUGAUCAAGAAGGACAUGAUCGACCCCAUAUCUGGAGACAAACUGACCGACAGAGACAUCAUACCACUGCAGAGGGGUGGAACCGGCUUCGCGGCCUCUGGAGUGGCCCUCAGCGCCAAAGAGGCUCGGCCGGUGAUGCAAGUGUGAGACGACGGAGGAGGACGUGAAGACCGUCCAGCCUUGUCACAAUGAUUCCACAGUGCAUCCUCGUCGCUGUUACGUGAAGUGUGAAGGGGUAUUGUGGUUUUGUCAUGUUUUUUCAUAUCCUCCCCCGUCAUGUUGACAAAUGGCACCUAAUUUCAUUACAUUCGUUGACAUGCUUUUUUUGUUCCUGUAGGCAGCUGGCAUUUAAAGUACUGUCUGUCAUAGAUGAUUUGUCUUUUUAAACAUGUCUUCACCUAUACAAGAUGGAAUAUUUUAGUCAUUCAGUGGAGCUUGCAGAUUUUUGGAGAAAGACUGUGCGUUUGUUUUCAUGCUGAUAUCGCAUCUAUUCAGAUGUAUCUUUUCAUUUAAAUAAAUGUCUGAACUAAG